CAAGACACCAGUAAGAUGCUGACUUAUCUCAUUCUGUUGACACUAACAAUUUUAGCGACAGGUGAGCUCUACAAUUUUUUACUCAAAUUUAACUCAAAGUUUCAAGCAAACUCCAACGAACAAUGCAUCAAAGACUCGGAAACAUGUGGAGAAAAGCCAGAAAGUGCAUUUUUGCAUCACCAGAAGUCCACGACAGAUGCAGACAUUCUAGUCUUCACAGUCGCUAGCGAGCCAACCGACGGCUUCCAGCGCUACCUCUCCUCCGCCCAUCACUACCACAUCGCCCCCACGGUCCUGGGUUUCGGCCAGGAAUGGAAAGGGGGCUCCGAUAUUAAAAACCGCCCCGGAGGCGGCUGGAAAAUCAACCUCCUUAAAACUGCCCUCGAACCACACAAAGACGACCCCACAAAAAUAAUCCUUUUCACUGAUGGCUACGAUGUCAUCUUCACCGACACUCUCGAUGCCAUUUUGCGCAAAUUUAAAGAAACCAAAGCCCGGGUUUUAUUCGGAGCCGAAAGCUCCUGUUGGCCUGACGUACAACUGGCCCCAAAAUACCCCCAAGUGACUGAAGGAAAACGAUUCCUAAAUUCGGGGUUGUACAUGGGCUACGCCCCCGACUUGUGGCAAGUGCUCACUUUUGACGUGAUUGAGGACACGGACGACGAUCAACUGUUUUUCACUAAAGCGUACCUCGAUGAGGAUUUGAGAAAAAAAGUUGGGUUCAAGUUGGACCACAAAAGUGAGAUUUUCCAAAAUCUGAAUGGGGCUGUUAGUGAAGUCGAGUUGUUUGAGGUUAAAGCGAAGGAAGGUCCUGAGGAAUAUAAAAUUCAAAAUGUUUUAUAUCACACUGUACCGUUGAUUUUGCACGGGAAUGGCCCUUCGAAAUUAUCCCUAAAUUAUUUAGGGAACUACUUGGCGAAUUCGUGGAAUUCGGUGGAAGGGUGCGUCCGGUGCAAAGAGGGCCAGUUUGACUUGAAAAACAAAAGGGCAAACGAAAUGUCUCUUGUCCUUCUUGCGAUUUUUGUAGAAUUUAAUACCCCCUUCUUGGAGGAAAUGUUGAGUAAGGUGUACUCACAGGAGUACCCCAAGCACCGUAUCGAUCUCUUUAUCCACAAUGCGAUGAAAUUUCAUUCAAAACACAUAACCGACUUUAUCGAAAAACACGGUUCUGAGUACCGCUCAGUCAAAGAUAUCAAGCCGGACGAUGGUACCACCGAAUGGGCCGCACGUGACUUAUCUUUGGCCCAAUGUUUGUCCAAAAACUGCGACAUUUACUUUUCCGUUGAUUCGGUCGCCCAUUUGGACAACCCGCACACUCUUCGGCUUUUAAUCGAGCAGAACCGCACCGUGGUAGCCCCCCUUUUGCCCCGUCCUGGCAAGGCCUGGAGCAACUUUUGGGGGGACUUGACCAAGGAAGGUUUCUAUGCCCGGUCAAACGACUACAUGGAUAUAGUCCACAACGAUAAGAGAGGGCUAUGGAACGUCCCGUUCAUAGCCAACUGCUACGCCAUCAAUGCCACGCUCUUGAAGAAGUUUGAUGAGACGAAGUUGAACUUCGAUCGGGAUAACUGGGACGCGGACAUGGCCUUUUGUGCCAAUUUACGCGACUUGGACGUCUUCAUGUACGUCUCGAACCGCGUCGAUUUCGGGCAUUUGGUCAAUCCGGAAACCUUCGAUAUCACUCGGGUCGAACCGGAAAUGUACCAAAUCUUCGACAAUGAACAGGAUUGGGAGGCCAGGUUCAUCCAUCCCGAAUAUCCUGAAAACUUCAACCCCGAAAAGACAAGUCUACAGCCUUGUCCAGACGUUUACUGGUUCCCCAUCGUGUCGCCACGUUUUUGUACCAGCUUGAUCAACAUGAUGGAAAAUUUCGGAAAAUGGUCCGAUGGUAGCAAUAAGGAUCCCCGGCUCGAAGGCGGCUAUGAGGCCGUCCCGACGCGUGAUAUCCACAUGAAUCAAGUCGGUUGGGAAAAGCAUUGGCUGGAGUUCCUCCGGAAGUACGUGAGGCCUUUGCAGGAGCACGUUUUCCUCGGGUAUUUCCAUGACCCGCCACGAUCUUUAAUGAAUUUCGUGGUUCGGUAUAAACCGGACGAACAACCCUCCUUAAGGCCACAUCACGACAGCUCGACCUACACCAUCAACAUAGCCUUGAAUCAGAGAGGGGUUGAUUACGAAGGCGGGGGUUGUAGGUUCAUUAGGUACAACUGCAGCGUUGUUGAUACCAAACUUGGAUGGUUGUUGAUACACCCGGGAAGGCUCACUCACUACCAUGAAGGGUUGAAGGUCACAAAAGGGAUUAGAUAUAUCAUGAUUGCUUUCGUUGACCCAUAGAUAAGUUCCUCGAUUGUAAUAAUAACGUACUAAUUGUGUAGAUCUGAUUUGUCGUCUUGUACAUAACUUUUGUAACGAAUUUGUUUAAUAAAAGUAUUUUCGCAACA